AUGGUGAAAUUAUAAAAUUGCUAUUUAACUUAUGCUCCUUAAAAUAAAUAAAUUAAUGCUGAUGGAUCAUUUGAGAUUACAAAUGAAUUCUUAAAAUAAAGAUAUGGAAUCAGUUUUGAUAAUUUACUUAGAAAUGAAGAUAAAAUCUAUUUCUAUGAAAAAUUGUUAGAAUCAUUCACUUUACAAACAUUUUCAAAACCAUUUGAUGAAGAUGAUGAUGAAUUAUUUAAAUAAAAUUCUAUUUUAUUGAGAGAAUUGAAUUUUGGUGGAACAAACAAAAUAUUUUAUGAUUCAAAUAAUUAUAAGAUUCCAAUAAAUUUUUCGUUGAUUGGUACAAAUGAUAUACCAUAAUUUGUUAAAAUAGAUCUAUAUAAUGAAGAAUCAAUUGAAUAACAUUGUAUAUUACUUAAUAUAACUGAAGAAUAUUGGAUAAGACCAGUAAUAACAUAAAUGAAGGUAUAAAUAAUAGUUUUAUAUUUUGGUAGCAAGACAAGAAGAAAAAAUAACAAAAAUAUAAUAAAGAAUUCAAAGUUGCUGGUCAAUACUAUUUAUCUUAAAUUUUAUAAUAAUGUGGAUGGUUUAUUUUAGAACAUCACAUUUAUAUGAAUGAAGAUAAAUAACUAUAUAUUUAGAGACUUGAUAAUUAAAUAGGCAAAUUGGAAUAAUAUAUCAAUAUGAAAUCAGUUUCUGAAUUAACUAAAUGA